CGUGAAGUCUCAACGGAUUCGUUUCGUUCCUCAGUUCAGUGCAUUAACGGCUCUCGCCGAGUGAACUGCUCCGGAGUUCUAUUUUUAUUUGUUUGUGAGAUUUUUUAAAUAAAAAUCGAAUUUAAUAUAAUGUCGGAGGAAGUAGUAGCACCAACUGUCCAGGAACCUGAGCCUAUUCCUGAAAUCAGGCAUCGCACAUUCAAACAUUGGGUCAGGCCAAAAACCCAACAAUACCAUUACAUAAAUGAUUACAUGAGGAACUAUUACGACGAUGUCUUGGAUUACUUGGACAAACGUCAAAAGGGUCUCAGGGUGCCCCCACCGAGACCCCAAUAUUGGGCCGAGAGGGCCCUAAGGACAUACUUAAACAAAUCUUCAUCCUACAAACAAGCCGAAAUAGAAGACACCAUUUUGAGGUCACACAUCAGGACAGACAACAGAUUCUAUCAAGCCCAUUACAAAGGCUACAACGAACGUAGAUAUACAUUCAAUUUAUAGAUAAUUUGUUUGAAUUUGAUUGUGAAUAUGAUGUGAAUUAAUAGAA